AUGGCCUCUGAAAAAAACAUCGAAAACAAACACCAAAAGAAUCUAUUCAUGUCCAUCUUUACAUUCCAUUGCCGCCUUCUGCGUUGUGUUUCCAGGUGCUUUACAGCCACAUCCCUCAGCUACCCAUCCACAAUACAUGAUGACUAUACAAAACUCGAGAACCAACCUCACACGAAAAGGACAAUCAUCCUCGAUCUUGAUGAAACAUUGGUUCAUUCAACCACCCAAAUCCCUGGAGUCAGAUAUGAUUUCAUGGUGAUGGUGAAAAUGGAAAGCGAGAUCAUGCCAAUCUUUGUGGUGAAACGUCCUGGUGUGACUGAGUUUUUGGAAAGACUUGGUGAGAGCUUCGAAGUGGUGGUUUUCACAGCUGGUCUGGAAGAUUAUGCUUCACAGGUUUUGGAUAAGAUAGACCAGAACGGUGUGAUCUCGCAGCGGCUGUAUAGAGACUCGUGCAGGGAAGUGAAUGGAAGAUAUGUGAAGGACUUAUCUAUGGUAGUGGGGGAAGAUCUUGCAAGUGCUUUGAUAGUUGAUGAUAAUCCAUCUUCUUACUCUUUACAGCCAGAGAAUGGAGUGCCUAUAAAGGCUUUUGUGGAUGACCUGAAAGAUCAAGAACUCAUGAAGCUUGUGGAGUUUUUAGAAAUCUGUUACGUGUAUGAGGAUAUGAGGGAUGCAGUCCAGGAUCUUCUUGCUAACUAG